UUAGAAAAAAAAUAUUAGUUUAAAACGUACGAACUUUCAGAUAGCUUCUAUAAUUUUCCAUGCGAAACACUUCCUUUCAAAGACUAAUCCACGAUGGAUAGCUUAAAUACAAACGUCACCGCAACGAUGAUCGACGCUCUCAUGAGCUCUCCUUCUUCCGGUUUCUGGCCGCCACUAUCUCCGGCGAAUCCCAGCCCAGACAGUGCUCUCCAGAAGCGGUUACAAGCUGUGUUAAAUGGCACCCACGAGGCUUGGACCUACGCCAUUUUCUGGACACCGUCGUACUACGACUAUUCCGGCGAGUCGGUGCUCAAAUGGGGCGAUGGAAUUUAUAAAGGCGAAGAAGCUGAUAAUACUCGGCGGAAGAGGAGGAGGAUGACGGUGGCGGAGAGAGAGCACUGGAGUCUCAUUUUGCCGGAGCUUAGCUCGAUGACCUCCGACGAAGAUUUGCCGGUGAUAGACGGCGAAGAUGACGUGGAAGUGUCGGAUACGGAGUGGUUUUAUAUGGUUUCGAUGACGGUUAGCUUUGGUAGUGAGACCGGGUUACCGGGUAAGGCGUUUGCUACGUAUAAACCAGUUUGGGUUACCGGGUCGGAUCAUAUAUUGGCGUCGGGUUGUGAACGUGCAAAAAAGGGUGGGGAUUCAGGGUUGCAAACCAUCGUAUGUAUUCCUUUGGAUAACGGAGUGUUGGAGCUUGGAUCCACGGUUGAGAUCAAACAAAACCCGGAUCUUUUUAAUAAGAUCCGAGUCGUUUUUAGUUUCGAAGGAUCCAGAGAUUUCUCGGGUGACCCGAAUUCGAACUCCUUCCAGCCUUUCUCAACUCAUUUAGAGAAUGGUGGUGGUUCAAGUACCGUAACCGUCAAUCCUAAUCGGUAUCCGAAUCCAGUUUAUCCCCAAACCGUAAAUUUCGCGACUUCCACGUUAGAAAGAGCUCUACAUAGUCCGAACCAAAAUUAUCCCGAGCAGAUACCGAUAGACGACGGUGAACUCUUACAUUCCGCCGGGGACAUUGAUGGUUCUGAUCACUCCGACAUCGAAUCCACGGUGGUGCCCGGAAACAAACAGAAAAAGAAACGCGGGAGAAAACUUGCAAACGGUAGGAAAGAGCCGUUGAAUCACGUACACGCUGAGCGGUUGAGACGGGAGAAGCUAAACCAGCGAUUCUACGCGUUACGAGCGACUGUGCCAAACGUAUCAAAGAUGGACAAAGCGUCGUUGCUAGGAGACGCGAUUAGUUACAUUAAGGAGCUGAAAUCGAGAGCAGAAAACGCGGAAUCUGAGAGAAACGCGAUUCAAAUCCAGCUCAACAAACUCAAAGAGGAGAUGGCGGGAAGAAACGCGGUCUGUAGGGGCGGGAAAAACGCAUCGGAGAUUGAAACGGUUAAUAUCGACGUGAAGAUUCUUGGUUGCGAUGCGAUGGUUAGGUUGGAAUCGAGCAAGAGAAAUCAUCCUGCAGCGAGAUUGAUGAAUGCGUUUAUGGAUUUGGAUGUUGAGUUGAAUCAUGCUAGCAUUUCGGUGAUUCAUGAUCUUAUGAUUCAACAAGCUACAGUGAAGAUGGGAUCGAUAAUGUACACGCAAGACCAGCUUCAGGCCAUGUUGGUCUCCAAAAUUAAUUAAUUAGGGAUAUGUUUUUUAGAGUUCUGUGAAUCUUAUCGUGAAUUAUCAGAUGUUGGAUUAGAUUCUGUCUAUUUA